UGGGCCCAGGUUGAGUUUGCACUCGUACGUCGGGGUCGCUCGUCAGUGCGGAGAGGCCUCCGCGCUCUUCACGGCCGCACGGCGCCGCGGCUUGACGGCUUGAGCGGGUGCGAGGCCGGGCAGGGUUUGAUGAGCUGGUUUGGCUGGUGCGUUAGCGGUUCUUCCUGGCAGCGGCUCGGACUUUGUAUACAAGGUAUAUAUCUGUUUUUAAGCUGAACCAUGAGUCUUGUACUACAUGAUCUGCUUGUUUGCUGCCAUCAACUUGAAAAAGAUAAAGUUACAGAGCGAAGGAAAGAAAUUGAAAAGUUCAAACGACUUAUCCGUGAUUCUGAAACAAUUCAGCAGCUGGAUCGGAAUUCUGAUUCUAAACAAGGAAAACAACUUAACUGGGAUGCUGUGUUUAGAUUUCUGCAGACAUACAUCCAGAAAGAAACGGAGAGCCUCAGGCUGGCAAAACCAAAUGUGUCUGUCUCAACACAAAGUUCCAGACAGAAAAAGAUGCAAGAGAUGGGAAGUUUAGUCAAAUACUUCAUCAGAUGUGCCAAUAAAAGAGCACCCCGAUUGAAAUGUCAAGAGCUUCUAAAUUAUAUCAUCAAAAUAGUGAAAGAUGCAUCAAGCUGCGCUGUUUAUGGAACUGACUGUAGUAGCAUGCUACUAAAGGAUGUUCUUUCAGAGAGGAAAUAUUGGUGUGAAAUAUCACCAUUACAGUGGUCAGAACUACUGACCCUGUACUGCAGAUUGUAUCUCAAACCUUCCAAGGAGAUUAACAGAGUCUUGGUGGCUAGAAUAAUUCACACGUUAACCAGAGGAUACUGCUUCCAAACUGAUGGACUAAAUAUCAAUAUGUUUUCCUUCUUUUCCAAAGCAAUGCAGUGUGCAAGGGAGGAGAAGAACUCUGCUGGCUUGGAUCACAUUCUUGCGGCAGUUAAUAUCUUCUGCAGUGUGUUUGCUGUGAACUGUCGUAUACAAGUUUGUAAGCUAGGUGAAGAAAUUCUUCCUAAGGUGCUUUAUGUAUGGACUCAGCAUAGACCCAAAGAUUCCCUGAAGGAGCUAAUAAUUGAGUUACUUAAUCUGCAAGUUCAAAUUCAUCAUCCAAAGGGAGCAAAAAUCCAGGAAAAAGGUGCAUAUGAGUCAGCAAAAUGGCAGAGUAUCUUACACAACUUGUAUGAUCUGCUGAUGAAUGAGAUAAGUCUCAUUGGCAGUAGAGGAAAAUAUUCUUCAGGAUCACGUAACAUUGCUGUAAAGGAAAACUUAAUUGAAUUAAUGGCUGAUAUUUGUCAUCAGGUUUUUACUGAAGACACCAAAGUCCUAGAGAUAAGCCAGCCAUAUGCCAUUACACAGAGAGAGGCUGGUGAUGGAACUGCACCAAGCAAACGCAGGAGGAUUGAAUUGGGAUGGGAAGUAAUUCGAGGCAAUCUUCAGAGAUCACAGAAUGAUUUUGAUGUCAUACCUUGGUUACAGAUUGCAACUCGAUUGAUAUCGAAGUAUCCUAUGAGUCUUCCUACAAAUGAACUGCCUCUCUUACUCACUAUACUGCACCAGCUACUGCCUCAGCAACGACGAGGGGAACGGACCCCCUAUGUGCUCAGGUGCCUUGCAGAAGUUGCUCUCUGUCAGAACCAGAAAAGUGAUUUGAAAAGCUCACUGAUUUUGGAGCUGCAGAGAAUCUGGACAAAAAUUUGGUCUCUUACAGUUCGCAGCAUAAGUUUUCAGCAAAUUGAAACAGAAAGCUUUGGGUUACUUAGAGCCAUAAUUCAAGGAAACCUUGUUGUAUUAGACAGAGAACUCUGGAAGAUGUUUUUGGGAUCUGCAUGCAAGCCUUCAAGUCCAGCUGCAUGUUGUUUGGCUUCAGUGAUGACUGCCUGUGUUGUACCAGAAACACUGGAAGUAGGAAAGGUGCAGAAUAAUUGUGAAGGGAAUACAGGUUACCUAUUAAAAGAAUCAAUAAUGAAAUGGCUACUAUUCUGCCAUUUGGAGGAGGUGAUGGAUGACUCUAUGGAACUAUCUCCUAUACUGUGCAGUGAUUUCCCGCAUCUAGUGCUGCAGAAAAUUCUUGUGAGCCUUACUAUGAAGAACUGUAGAGCUGCAAUGACUUUUUUUCAAAAUGUUACAAAAUGUGUUCAACAUACAAAAGGAGAAGUUGGGUUUUCAGAAGUUGAAGAGCUAUAUCUGCAAACAACUUUUGAUGACAUGUCCAUUUUCACCAGCCCUACAGUGAAUGCUGCAGAUAAAAACUUGCCCAAUUUAAGACUCACUGUCAGCCAACACCUUAGAGAAACACUGGAGCGCUAUCUUUUAGUGGUAUCAGAACAGCUUUCAAAUAUCUGUUCUUCUGAGCUUACUACUGCAGAACACCUUGUCCGAGGUGUCAGUCUCUUGACUGGUGUUCUUGGCUGUUAUUGCCACAUUGGCACAAUAACUGAAGAGGAUGCCUGUAAGUCGGAUUUAUUUCAGAAAGCUAAAACCCUCAUGCAUUAUGUUGGAGAAAGCAUUUUUCAGUCUAAAAAUAAACUAAAUGAAGAUCCAAGGAUUAAUUCAUUGAGGAAUUUGAUAACGCAAUGUUCCAACUGCUUAUGUAACUGUACCAAGAGCAGUCCAAGUAAGGUCUUAUCUGGCUUAUUCCAGUGUUUGUUAACAUCAAAGCUGAUGAAUGAUCUUGUAGAUAUUUGCGAACAUCUAAUGUCCAAUGAAACUGGAGAAGCAGAACUAAUGGAAGAUGAUCUUGAGGAGAGUACAAUGGAAGUAGAGAACCAAGUAACCGUAGACCUAUUCACUGACCACCGUACAGCUGCCAUGAGUGAGACUAAUGAGGCUGGUGAGGUACAAAACAUAACUGGUGCCAUGAGCCCAUUAGCCGAAGAACAUUUGACAAAACAAGAUAACCUACUUCUUGAAAUUCUGAGGUUCCUGUGUAUUUGUGUAACUACAUCCCAAAUUCAUACAGUUAGCUUUAGAGCUUCUGACAUACGGAGGAAGCUGUUAAUGCUCAUUGAAAAAAGUACGUUCGAUGCAAGUAAACCACUGCAUCUACACGUGUACUUGGUCCUUUUGAAGGAACUCCCAGUUGAAGAAAACAUGUUGCCAGAAGAAGACAUUGUUAUGCUUCUCAAGCCUCUUUCUGAUGUGUGCUCCAUGUAUCGACGAGAUCAAGAAGUGUGUAAAGUAGUUCUAAGUAAUUUACUCCCAAUAGCAGUGGGGUUGGGCCAAGCCAGUGCAAAUGCUGAAGAAACAGGAGAUGCCCAAGGACAAUUUUUAACAGUUGUUGGAGCAUUUUGGCACUUGACAAAAGAAGGGAGAUGUACAGCUCCAGUAAGGGUGGCUCUACUGAAAUGCAUGAAAGCCCUACUUGAGGCUGAUCCUUAUUCAAAGUGGGCUAUACUUCGUGUAAGAAAUGAAGAUCUUCUGGUGAGUGAAGCUUUCCCGCAUUUCCUUGCAGAUAGUGACCAUCAAGUUCGCAUGCUUGCUGCAAAGUCAAUAACCAGUUUGUUCCAAGAUGUGAAGCAGAGAGAUUCAUCUGGAUUAUUGAAACCUCUUCCAUUGAAGCUUCAGCAGAAGGCUUUUGAGGAUGUAUACCUCAGAGUGCAAGAAGGAAUGAGAGAUCUGGCACAGGCGAAUGCAAGCCCUGAUGAUCUUCUGGACAAGGAAUGUAAUAGAAAAGCCGUUCUGUUGACGCUCAUAACCAUGGUUUUAUGCUGCAGUCCUGUGUGUGAAAAGCAGGCUUUGUUUGCUAUUUGCCAGUCUGUAAAAGAGAAUGGAUUAGAAGCUCAGCUUAUUAAAAAGGUUUUGGAAAGAGUGUCUGACAUUUUUGGCUAUAGAAGUAUAGAAGACUUCAUGAAUUCCCACUUAGACUAUCUAGUGCUGGAGUGGCUGAGAAUGAAAGCUAGCGGGUACACCCUAUCUGCUUUUCCUUAUGUUCUUCUGAACUACUCUAGCCUGGAGGAGUUCUACAAGUCUUGUUAUAAAGUUCUGGUUCCACACCUGGUCAUUAGAAGUCGAUUUGAAGAUGUGAAAUGCAUAGCGAACAAAAUUGAAAAAGACUGGAGGAACAUUCUUGCAGACUGCUUUCCAAAGAUACUUGUAAAUAUUCUGCCGUAUUUUGCCUAUCAGAGCGAUGGAGACAGUGAAAUAGUACAGCAGAGAGAGACAGCUUGUAAAGUUUAUGACAUGCUUACUGAUGAAGACUGCUUAGGAAAACAGCAAAUUGACAAUUUGUCUCACAGUAACUUUCCAGAGAUCGUGCUAGAGCUGUUGAUGACCUUACAUGAGCCAGCCAACACUGAGGCAGGAGAAGGAUCUCACCUAAGUAAAUUUAUGGGGGACCUGGACCCUGCUCCUAAUCCUCCUCAUUUUCCAUCUGACGUGAUCAAGGCAACCUUGGAUUAUAUUAGCGGUUGUCAUAAAGCCAAGUUAAAAAGUCUUGUAGCUGUUCUUUCUAAAAAUCCUGAUUCGUUCCAGAAAAUCCUACUAGCCAUAUGCAAACAGGCAACUGAUACAAACAAUAUUUACAAAAAACACAGAAUUCUUAUUAUUUAUCACUUGUUUGUUAAUUUGUUACUUAAAGAGAUAAAAGAUGGCUUAGGAGGAGCUUGGGCCUUUGUUCUUCGUGAUGUAAUUUAUACCCUGAUUCACCACGUCACCAACAGACCCACUGCUGUCAGGGAUGUAUCCAUGCGCAGCUUUUCACUCUGUUGUGACCUUCUAAACCGUGUCUGCCAUGCAGCAGUCACAUAUUGUAAGGAUGCCCUAGAGAGUCAUCUUCAUGUUAUUGUAGGCACGCUAAUUCCCCUUGUUGGUGACCAGCCCGAGAUUCAGGAACAGGUCCUAGAUUUGUUGAAGUACCUAGUGAUAGAUAACAAGGAUAAUGAAAACCUGUACCAAACAAUCAAGCAUCUAGAUCCUUUUCCUGAGCAUCCAGCUUUUAAAGAUUUGCGCACUACUCAACAAAAGAUCAAAUAUAGUAAAGGACCAUAUUCACUUUUGGAGGAAAUUAACCAUUUCCUGUCAGUAAGUGUCUGUGACUCACUGCCACUGACAAGACUGGAAGGAUUACAUGACUUACGCAAACAGCUGGAACAACAUAAAGAUCAGAUGAGGGACCUUAUAAAAGAUUUCCAAGAAAAUCCAGUGGAUUAUGUAAUUGUGAAGUUGGUAGCGAGCUUGCUACAAAUAUCCAAGAUGGCAAUUAACCACCCAGGUGAAAAGGCAGUUCUAGAGGCUGUUGGAAGUUGCUUGGGAGAAGUGGGUCCUAUUGACUUCUCAACCAUAGCCCUUCAGCAUAGUAAAAAUGUAUCGUAUUCGAAGGCAACCGAUUUAUUUGAAGAUGGAAAACUUCAGUUAGUAUUCAUAAUGCUGACUCAAAUAAAUAAUGCCUUGAUAGAUGUUUGUAUUAAUGUUCGCUGUGCUGCUGCUUCCUGUUUGAAAAACAUUUUAGCGACAAAGACUGGUAACAAAUUUUGGGAGGCUUACAAAGACAAAGCUGAUCCCAUGUUAAUAUAUCUACAUCCCUUCAGAAUGUCCAGGAAGAAGUUUUUGGAAGUGCCAGAUACUGAAAAAGAGACUCCUUCAGAAGCCAUAGAUGAUGCAAAUCUGUGGAUUCCUCAGGGUGUAAGUCAUGAGACUUGGAUAAAGAACCUGACUUGUUCAUUGCUGAACAGUGGAGGAGUGAAAGAUGAAGUUCUCCUGUUACUAAGGCCAAUGUGUGAGGUGAAAACAGACUUCUGUCAGACUUUGCUUCCGUAUUUGAUUCAUGAUAUCCUGCUUAAUGAUUCAAACGAAUCUUGGCGCAACCUUCUGUCUGUGCAUAUCCAGAGGUUUUUCACAACCUGUUGCAGGUGUGUGUCAUCCUCUAGUAGAUCAACAACACCUGCAAAUUCAGAUUCAGAACCAGAAUCCCUUGUUCGUAGAAGUUUGGAUAAAAUAUCUCGGCGAGCAAUGCUUACUGUUGUUGACCACCUGAGAAGACAAAAGAGAUCUCUUUCAGGUACCAUUUUUGAUGACAGUUUCUGGUUGGAUCUAAAUUAUCUUGAGGUUGCCAUGGCAGCACAGUCUUGUUCUGCUCACUUCACAGCUUUACUGUAUGCAGAAAUCUAUGCAGACAAGAUAAACACAGACAAACAACAACAAAGAUCAGCUUUGAAAGCUUCCAAAAAUUUAAUGUUUGAAGAAGAAAGUCAAGAUCCAACUAUUGCUCGUUUGAGUGAGAAAAGUAGAGAAGAAACUGGAAUAAGUUUACAGGAUCUUCUCAUGGAAAUAUACAGAAGUAUAGGAGAGCCUGAUAGUCUCUAUGGCUGUGGGGGAGGAAGAAUAUUACAGCCUUUAGCCAGGAUAAGAACAUAUGAGCAUGAGGCUGCAUGGGGAAAGGCCCUUUUAACAUAUGACCUUGAGGCAAGCCUCCCUUCGUCUGUGUGCCAAGCAGGAAUAAUAGAGGCCUUGCAGAAUUUUGGACUUUGUCAUACGCUUUCCACCUAUUUAAAAGGAUUGGAACAUGAAAACACAGAGUGGUGUGCAGAACUAGAGGAAAUUCGCUACCAGGCAGCUUGGAGGAACAUGCAGUGGGGCCACAUCCCUUCAGUCAAAGAUGAGGCAAAAGGACCAAGUUACCAUGAAUUGUUGCAUGAUGCUCUGCAGUCUUUAAGAGAUAGAGAAUUCUCUACUUUCUAUGACAGUCUUAAGGAAGCCAGGGUGAAGGAAGUAGAGGAGCUGUGUAAAGGGAGUCUUGAGUCUGUAUAUUCAUUAUAUCCAACACUGUGUAGAUUACAGGCAAUUGGAGAACUGGAAAACAUAGGACAGAUUUUUUCCAGAUCUGUUACUAACCAGCAACUCACCGAGAUUUAUCUGAAGUGGCAGCGACACUCCCAGCUUCUUAAAGACAGUGACUUCUGUUUCCAGGAACCUGUCAUGGCUUUACGCACUGUAAUUCUAGAGGUCCUACUUGAGAAGGAAACAGAGAAUUCCAAAAGAGAAUGCAUCAAAGAUAUUCUAACCAAACAUUUAGUGGAGCUGUCCAAAUUGGCACGAACUGCCAAAAACACUCAGCUUCCUGAAAGAGCAAUGUUUCGGAUCAAACAGUGCAAUCCAGCUAGGUAUGGAGUCUCUGAGUGGCAACUGGAGGAAGCUCAGGUUUUCUGGGCCAAAAAAGAAGAAAGCCUUGCAUUGAGUGUUCUCAAGGACAUGAUCAAAAAAUUAGACACAGACUGGUUCCAGGUUGAGAAUGAUCCACGCCUAAGACUUAUGUAUACAGAGUGUGUGAGGUUAUGUGGUAACUGGUUGGCAGAAACAUGCUUAGAAAACCCUACUGUUAUCAUGCAGAAAUACUUAGAAAAGGCAGUGGAAGUUGCUGCAGGCCAGAGUGGAGACAGCAGUGAUGAGCUAAAGUGUGGAAAAAUGAAGGCAUUCCUCUCUUUGGCUCGUUUCUCUGAUACUCAGUACCAAAGAAUUGAAAACUACAUGAAAUCCUCAGAGUUCGAAAAUAAGCAAGCAUUGCUGAAGGCGGCCAAGGAGGAGGUUGGCCUCAUAAGGGAAUGUAAAGUUCAGACAAACAGAUACACAGUGAAGGUUCAGCGAGAGCUGGAACUUGAUGAAUGUGCAAUUAAUGCACUGAAAGAGGAUUGCAGACGCUUUUUGUGCAAAGCCAUAGAGAACUACAUCAGCUGCUUACUGAGUGGAGAAGAACAUGACAUGUGGAUCUUCCGCCUCUGCUCGCUCUGGCUUGAGAACUCUGGAGUCCCUGAAGUCAAUGGGAUGAUGAAGAAGAAUGCAAAAAAGAUCCCUUCAUACAAGUUUCUUCCUCUGAUGUACCAACUGGCUGCUCGAAUGGGAACUAAGAAGAUGGGUGGUCUAGGAUUCCAUGAAGUUCUGAAUAAUCUAAUAUCUAGCAUUUCACUGGAUCACCCGCAUCACACUUUGUUCAUAAUAUUGGCUCUGGCAAAUGCCAAGAAGGAUGAACUUCUGACAAAACCAGAGACAAGAAGAAGCAGCGCAUUAGUAAAAAAUGCACCGAAAGAAAUCUCCCCACUUGACAUGGAUCGUAUGGAGGCUGCUAACAACAUCAUUAAUAUCAUAAAAAGUAGGAAGGCUUCUAUGGUCAGAGGUGUUGAGGCACUUUGUGAUGCUUACAUCACAUUGGCAAAUUUAGACGCUACUCCGUGGAAAUCUCAAAGAAAAGGCAUCAGUAUUCCAGCUGAGCAGCCUAUUACUAAACUAAAGAACUUGGAGGAUGUAGUUGUUCCCACCAUGGAAAUUAAGGUGGAUCCCACAGGGAAAUAUGAAAAUUUGGUGACAAUAAGGUCAUUCAAGCCAGAGUUUCGCUUAGCAGGAGGCCUGAACCUGCCUAAAAUAAUUGAUUGCAUAGGCUCAGAUGGAAAAGAGAGAAGGCAGCUGGUCAAGGGCCGGGAUGAUCUGAGACAGGAUGCUGUUAUGCAGCAGGUUUUCCAGAUGUGUAAUAUGCUACUUCAGCAAAACACUGAAACCAGAAAGAGAAAGCUAACCAUCCGAAGAUACAAGGUUGUUCCCCUUUCUCAGAGAAGUGGAGUCCUUGAGUGGUGCUCAGGGACGACUCCCAUUGGGGAGUUCCUUGUGAAUCCUCAACAAGGAGCUCACAGUAGAUACAGGCCAAAAGACUACAGUAGUCUUCAAUCUCACAAGGCUAUGAUGGAUGCCCAAAAGAAGCAUUUUGAGGAGAAAUAUAUCGUCUUUAUGGACAUCUGCAAGAAUUUUCAACCUGUGUUUCGCUACUUCUGCAUGGAAAAAUUCCUGGACCCAGCUGUUUGGUUUGAGAAGCGAUUGGCUUAUACUCGCAGUGUUGCUACAUCUUCUAUUGUUGGUUACAUACUGGGACUUGGAGACAGACAUGUUCAGAAUAUCUUGAUUGAUGAGGAAACUGCAGAACUUGUACACAUAGAUCUGGGAGUUGCUUUUGAGCAAGGUAAAAUCCUUCCCACACCAGAAACGGUUCCUUUUAGAUUAACCAGAGACAUUGUGGAUGGAAUGGGCAUCACUGGCGUGGAGGGAGUCUUCAGAAGGUGCUGUGAGAAAACGAUGGCUGUGAUGAGAAAUUCCCAAGAAGCUUUGCUAACUAUUGUAGAGGUAUUGCUGUAUGACCCCCUCUUUGACUGGACUAUGAAUCCUCUGAAAGCACUGUACUUGCAACAGAGACCAGAGGAUAAGGCUGACAUCAGCGCCACUCUCAACGUUGAUCAUCAGCAGUGUAACAGAAAAGCCAAUGAUCAGAGUUUUAACAAAGUGGCAGAACGUGUCUUGAUGAGGCUUCAGGAGAAACUGAAAGGUGUAGAAGAAGGGAUAGUGCUCAGUGUGGGAGGACAGGUGAACCUUCUUAUACAGCAAGCCAUGGACCCCAAAAACCUCAGCCGACUCUUUCCAGGGUGGAAACCUUGGGUUUGAUCUGGAAGUAUCCACUAAGUUGUAGAGCAAAUAAGCCUGUUCGAUUCUUGGCGAAAGAAUAUUGGUCAGCAUUUUAUAUUUAUAUUCCAGAAAUUUCCAGAUAAUCUCAGAAGUGAUUGUGUAGGUUUAUAAACAGUUUUGAAAUCAAUGUUUAAUUUCUUUAAUGAAUAUCCAAUUAUUCUCCACAACUUUCAUCAGGAUAGUGUUCUGGUAUUCCUGUGCCGUACAAUGGAAAUUUUCAAGGAAUGGUUAUUCCUCUCAAACUAGGAAUUAAGUGGCUUCUACAUGUAAAUCCUUUUAUAAAACCUUGAAUUCUUAUUAUUAGUGUUUGACAUUUCCUAAAACUUGACUCAAAUCUCAGAUUACUGGUUAAGUAUCUCUACACCCUUGUUUUGUAUAGUGUUUUUUUAUAAUAAUAAUAAGACUACGUAAUCUGUAUUGAGUGGAAUCAUCUGUAAACUAGAAAACAUGGAAUAACCAAGUGCAUUUAUAAAAGAAGCAGCACUGUAUCUUCAAGUCUGUUGUGCAAUGGUACUUGACAAAAUUCAAAACAGACCUAAAAAGAGCUUCAUAUGCAAGUUUAUUUUUCAGACUACUAAUGCUGCAGCUACCAAUGAGAGAACAUCAUCACUGCACAAUGCCUUCUUGAUAUAAAUCAUCUUUGAGUCAAGUAUAUUUAUAGUGCUGCAUUUUUGUGCCUUUUUAGUUUAAAUUGUAUUGGCAUUUUCUUUGCAUAAGCAAGGAUUUUAACAGCAUUAGCAACCAAGUUAGUCUUAUCUUAAAACUCUUCUGCAAAAAUUUACUAUGGGCUGAAACCUGACACACAAGUUCUGACCCAAAAAUAUGCAGCCUUUCCAUAUCGGAGAGAAAUACAAAAUUUUAAAAUUAUAAUGUGAAUACAGAACUUGUUUACUUAAUUUGUACAGUUUUAUUUUAUAUAUUGAAUUGCAUGUCCCUUUGUUUUUUUAAGCAAUCAGAUAGUUAAUGAACUUGCACAAAGCAGGAAUCUCUUCAGACAGUUUUGUGUUUGUUAUACUUUUUUAAAUCCUUCCUGAAAUAUUUAAUGUUUAAAAAAAUACAAAUAAAAUAUAUUAAAUUUGACAUAGUCUCUCAAAAUGCUGAGGUUGGACUUCAGCAUUUCGCU